CUUUUCCCUUUUUUUCCUUCAUCACGUUUUGCUCUUAACUUUGAUUUUUCACACUAAAUCUGUAACAUAACAAAUAUAACUUGUGAAUUGUUCUGGAAACGAGAAUGUGAAUUGUUCUUGACUUCUUGUCAUCAUCCAUCCAGAAAUUAGGUUUCAUCCUUCAUCAAAAGAAUCAAAUUGACCAUUUGUGUGCCUCGCAGAAAUGCUGUUUCGUUUAGACAAGAAUCCCUUAUUCAUUAUGAACUAGUUCUCGUGUCCUUUCUGAUUCUCGCCUAGGGUCUACACUCUGCAGUUUCUUGGAUGGGUAUGGCUUCAACUUCUCAUUAUUCGUUUUCAUGUUCAAAUUCAGUAUUUGCACUGAACCAUUUUUACCCGAGACUCCACUGCGGCAGAUUAUGGGAAACCUCCAUUUCGAACAGCCCAAUUCAUGUCAAUUACAAAGAAUUGGACUUGCAGCCAGUUUUGGCCAUCAGCAGGGCCGAAAAAGUGGGAGAAAUUGAAAGUGAAGAAAAAUCAAAGUUUCAAUGGGUUGAAAUAGGUCCUGAUAUUUCAAAUAAACAAAAACAAACACUUUCUCAGCUGCCACUAAAGAUGACAAAUAGAUGCAAGGCUUUAAUGAAACAACUCAUAUGCUAUUCACCUGAAAGAGGCAGUGUAGCACUACUGUUGGGUGACUGGGUGAAAAGUAUGAAGCCCAAGAGAGCUGACUGGCUAGUAGUUCUCAAAGAAUUGGAUAGGCUGAAUAGUCCAUUGUAUCUUGAGGUGGCUGAGCUUGCCCUAGAAGUGGAAUCAUUUGAAUGCAAUAUUCGUGACUAUACUAAAAUCAUUCAAUGCUAUGCAAAAAAAAAUCUUGUUCCGGAAGCUGAAAAGAUGCUUUUGAGCAUGAAAAGCAAAGGCUUCAUAUAUGACCAGGUGGUGCUUACAGCACUAAUUCACAUGUACAGCAAGGCUGGCAAUCAUAAGCUGGCAGAAGAUACCUUUGAAAAGUUGCUGCUGCUUGGACACCCAUUGGACAGAAGAUCCUACGGGUCAAUGAUUAUGGCCUACAUUAGAGCUGGAGAGCUCAGUAAAGCCGAGGGGUUAGUUAGGGAAAUGGAGGACAAAGACAUUUACGCAGGAAGUGAAGUUUAUAAAGCACUGUUGAGAGCCUACUCCAUGGCAGGCGACACAAAAGGAGCUGAAAGUGUUUUCAAUGCGCUGCAAUUAGCGGGUGUCAUCCCGGACGCAAAGAUCUGUGGGUUAGUGGUGAAUGCUUAUCUUGUGGCAGGUCAACUAUCUGAGGCUUAUAUUGCUUUUCAAAAUAUGAGGAUGGCAGGAAUCGAACCGAAUGAAAAAUGUGUGGCAUUGAUGUUGGGUGCAUAUGAAAAGGAGAAUGACCUAAACGAGGCACUAGGCCUCUUAAUUGAUUUGGAGAAGGGAGGUGUUAUGCUUGGGGAAGAAGCUUCUGGUACAUUGGCUCGUUGGUUCAGGAGGCUUGGGGUGAUUAAAGAAGUGGAUCUUGUCUUGCAAGAAUAUAUAAAUAAUGGGAAACAGACAGAGAAGCUUAUGUCUUCUUUUGCUUCUGCUCGGUAAAUUAAUAUCAGCUCCUUGUUACUAAUUGUGAUAGAUAAAAGUUCUGUCUUUUUUUCCAUGAACGUGGGAUGUAUAGGUUUUUCUUUUCUUAAUUUUGAAGUUGUUUGUUUUAAAUGUUCCUCCUCUUAAGGACAUUCAUAAUGGUGGGUGUGAAGUUUCACUUUUGGAACAUACACUCGAUACCCAUUCUAAAACAACACCCGUUUAGCACAAUAAAACAAAAGAAAAAGGCAAAUAAAAGUUCUUGGGUGAGAUAUGCGACGUAAUCUAAAUAAGAAUGUGACAUCGAUUGAUCAAUGUUCUGAAAGGAACUAUAAGUUAUUUGAUUGAUGUCUCAUUUAUGGGCAAAAAAUUUGACACCAUUAAUAUGAAUGCUUUAAGGGGUAGGUCGGGUUUCAGUUGAAAUCAUAGCCUAGACAAAGAUCUUGGUUAAGGCUAGUGAGAGUUGAUUCUUAUUUGUGUAUCAAGUUCUAUGUCAAGAAACUGCAUAGUAAUGACAACAUAUUGUUGAGGGCCUGAGGGUGGAUGAAUCUUGAGAACAUUACUAUCUAUAUUCC